AUGGAUCGGGAUGUUGGGCAGAUGAAUGCUACCAAUAUCUCGCGACCACCGGACCUUGAUCCCGCUCAUCAGCCUUUCAAUAAGGUUGGUCAAAUCUUUGAGGAUGAUGUCAUGACAUUCAUCCUCGCCGACCUUAAUGAGGUUGUUGCCGCCGCAGUUGUGAUCCGUGGUGUUAAUGUGUUCCCUGAUAUCCGCGGUUUCAGUCUUUCAAAUUCCAAUUUUGUCCAUGGAGCAGCUGGAUUUUCUUUGCGUCAGAGUCAAACAGCACGUAUCCGGGGUAGCCACAGCACACCCUUCUGGAACGGGACUGGUGAAGGUGUACAGUACUUGCACCAAGAUCCUCUGCCCCAAGGAGAUGCCGAGAAUUGCAAAAUUGAAUCAUACGACUCUUUCCAUACUGCUGAGGGUCAGGCCGGCCAAAGGACAAGCCGAGGCCCCAUUCCAGGGCCAGGCCAGAACGAGUGGAGUACUGAAAUUGCAUCGACUCCGUUAGAGUCGCAGGGCAUGUCGCGUCUGCCAUCUCAGGAUUCCGUUGGAGCACAUUCCCAAAGGACCGCUCAUUCUUCUGGAACUAACACAUAUGAUCCAAGCUGGUCGACAAGAAUGUAUCCAAGUCUUUCCCAGGGCUCAUUUCAUAUGUCAUCAACAAGGUCAGAUGUCACUGGCAGGUCCAUCAGCCCGGAAAAUCCUGCUCUGUCUACUCCGAUUCAGCAGCUAGAAAUCCAAGAAUACGACUACCCAUUCCUAGGAGAUGAUUUAACUUCCAUGCAUCCGAUGUUCCACAGGAAUUCCAUGACGGAUACAGAUCCGCACUCCAUUAGUGCUUCGUUACCAGGACCAGCAUUCAAUUCGUAUGCCACCGCCGAAGACGACUCCUUUGUAUCUUCUUUUGCUGUAGGUUCGACUUCUCUGGCUAGCCAAGGUCCAGUAUCGAGAGACUCGGUGAUGUACCAUACCGGUGCGGGCAUCGAGUCCUCGAUAUUGUGGGACAAUCCUGCCGAUUUCUUGGAUUCUCAAACAUCAUCUCCUAUCGCUCCUGAGGAUUCCUGGCCCAUUGCUCUCCCAAUGGCGACAUCUUCAACCGCUAGUCCUACAAACUACUCCCCAAGUCUUGAAGCCAUAUCCCCCAGGUAUGUUCAGGAUAUUUCCGAUUUAAUGGAAUUGGCCCCUUACACGACUGGUGACAGGGUUAAGAGGAGACCAAUGGGGCCUCGACCAUCUAAAGUUGCCAGCGACCUAGCUGCCAACUCUAGACAACAGCGGCUUUUGGGUACAUCUGACACUUCCGAGGAGUCCUUGAAACUGGUGGGUGGUCGCUCAAGCCUCGAGAUCGACAAUACUGCCCGGGAUCAUCAUCUGUACCAGAACGUGAGCCCUUUAGCCGACGGACUCUAUCACUGCCCAUGGGAAGGCCAGCCUUCCUGCCAGCACAAACCGGAAAAGUUGAAGUGUAAUUACGACAAAUGUGUGGAUUCUCACCUCAAGCCGUAUCGCUGUAAGAUCGUGGCUUGUGAGAAUCUUAAUUUCUCAUCCACGGCAUGCUUGCUUCGCCAUGAGCGUGAAGCACAUGCUAUGCAUGGACACGGCGACAAACCCUUCCUCUGUACCUACGAAGGCUGCGAGCGCGGCGCCCCUGGCAAUGGGUUUCCCCGUCACUGGAAUCUCCGUGACCACAUGAAGCGUGUGCAUAAUGACCCAGGACCAACCAAGAGCAACGCUUCCGGAUCCCCUCCGCCUUCUGGGCCUGCCCGAGGCAAGAAGCGCAAGGCCGAUGAAAAGCUAGAGAUCCAAACCAUGGGAAAGGCCACCAAGAGAGUUAGCUCACCACCAGUUGUGGUCCACCAGACUCAGGAGCAAAGCUUGGCGGAUCGAUACCAUCAUAAUCUGCAAAAGCUGAAGGAUAUCGUGGAACAGCAGCUCAGCGAUCCAAGGGAUCCUCAAAACCUGGACUUGCUCCGUAGUGCGGAUGAUUGCAUCAGGGUAAUGACUCAGACGAGCAGGCGUGUCGGUGAAGCUCCUGCAAACGGAAAACGCCUUAGCCAACAGCCUGGCUGA